AAGCAAAUGAGCGUGCAACCGGAGAGAUCAGCCAGACAACCCCGGGCAGACGACUCCAACGCCCCCGCUGCGUAGCCCCCUCCUCCUCUUUCCCCUUUGCCCUUCAUCCCCUCCUCCUCCGCCCAUGGACGAUACCUCGAUGUCGAUGGAUUCUUCCCCGUCAUACCCCGCAGACGACAUGAAGCUCGUGCUCGAUCGUGUCGUGGACCUGUUCUCCAAUCCCUACACCACCGCGAGCACGCCUCAACUAGAGCCCAAGGAGACAUCCAGAAUAGACGUCGUGCCCCGCCACAGACCCGAGAUGGGCUUCUCGGAGUCUGUGAGCAUGGCUGCCGAAAUAUUCGCUCUCGCUCCCGAUGGCGACGUCAAGCUACUCUCCGACCCGCAGAGCGUCCUCUGUUCACUGCCUUUCGUCCCUCCGAAGCUUCGCCCUGGAUACCAUGAUCCCAAGGGGGCAUCUACCUCAUCUGUCCCUCGCUGCCUGCAAACAUACGACUAUUUCUAUACCGCUCCUUCACCUAUACCGCAGCCUACCCGAAACAUAGUCGAGGUAGAGUGGUCAUACCAAGAGACAGCACGAAUGCUGUCUGCUUCUCUCGCAUUGGAGAGACUACAUGAUGUCGCUCGCGCAGAACUCGUAAGAGUGGGGUGGACCGACGAACACGACCCUCACCAACUGCGGCGGUCCUCCCUGCAGCUUAACCCACCGGGCCUGGACCGCGACGAAGACGAUCUCGUGCCCGGCCUCCUCGGCGAAGACUCGCUCUUCGCGAUCACUUCGCUGCAGAACGCCGACGCGCGCUCCACGAUAUCCGACGUUGUACCCCCGCCCCGCAGAUCAUCUCUAUUAUCCUCUUCGUUCAUGCAUUCCGCGAUACCCCCGCCGUCGUCGGAUACCGUUGCAUCAGACGUGCGUUCGCUGUAUGCGCCAACGCCGCAAAAUGAACUACACUGCACGCCUCAGGCGUUCCCGCCAUUGCCUAGCCCAUUCGCGCUGCACCGUGGCACAUCUUCCGCCUCCAUUCCGCGGGCCGUCACGUUCACUGAUGACUCGCUCGUCGCUUCCUCAUCCACAUCUGCAUCUCCGUCGGGUUCAGGUCCAUUCUCGAACCCCGCCCGCCGCCUCGUGCGCAGCCGCUCCACUUCAACUCCCUCCCGCUCCAAGUCACCAUUCUCCCUCCUGUCUCCCGCACGUUCAAUCCUAGGCAGACGUGUGCGCUCGCCAGAGCUCUCGCCCAUGCCCGAGGUGCUGCAGAACCAGGACCCGUUCGACUCCGAGUUUAGGUGCCGCGAUUUUUCGUUGCAGAGCUUAGUUAUUCCCUCGCCGCCUGCGGUGAGCAGGAGGCCCACUCGGACGCCACCCAGUAUGAAUUUCUCAGAGCUGCACAGGGCGCAGACUCUCGCAAGCCCUGAGAGUCCUGCAAGUCCCGAGAGCUUUGGAAGUGGAAGCCCAGGCAGCCCCGCCAUCAGUCCUAUGAGCCCCGCGUCGCCGCUUAUGCCCAUUACACCGCCGGUCACGUCUUCGUUCGCUGCGUCAGCAGCCUCGGACGAUGUUCCCCUGCGCAUGUCGCAGUCACCGGAGCCUGUGGUCGAGCUGCAUGCUUCGGGGCGGUGUUCUCCAUAUGCAUCACGGCCCGCAAGCCCGCGGAUUCGCGCGGCAGGAACAGGAUUCGCGUCGCUGACGCCAUCACCGUUGGCGGAUCCGCCGGCGUCGUCGGAGAAGAAAAAGCAGCACCGGUUCAGGACGCUCGUCAAGCGCGUGCUCAACGGGGACGGGAACGGUAAUAGACUCACUAAGCCUGGUCCUCAUGGGCGCUUUGCUGAAGCGCGAUCGAAUACGGCGCCUGCACCUGUGCCCGUGCCGGUUCCGAGGGUGCCCUCGUCGGCGUCUGGUCUUGCUGCGCGGGCUGCGUCGCUUCCUAAUGCGCAUGCGCAUUCGCACCCGGGGAGCAUCAUCAGUAACGGCACCGAAACCGCCCCCAGAUCCGCCAACCUGCAUUCUAGCGGCACCGGAGCGGCAUCGGGAGGAUGGGGCGCCAUCGUGCGUCGUGCGAGUACCCGGAGCUCGCGGAGCGCGUUCAGCACGCGCGUGCGCCAGAAGCGCUCGUGGACGACGGGCGCGGCGGCGGGGAGCAGGGUGCCAGUUGUUGAGGCGGAGGCUGAGCGCGAGCAUUCGCGUAGUAGCUCGGAUGAGGUGGAUGUUAUGGACGGGUGCGAUGCGCGGACGACGACGUCGACUGUUGCGACGAGUGUGGCGGUGCAGGAGCGGGAGAAGGAGAAGAGCUGGGUGAUUGCGGGUGCGAGUCCGCCGACGAGCCCUGAGCGUGUGGGCGGGCGGGAGCGGGAGCAGUAUCAGGGGAGGAAGGUGGGAUUGGGUAUUGCGAUGGGGAGGUCAGGGAGGGCGAGGGAGAGGCCGGUGAGGGAGGUGUCGGAUGUUCCAGCAGACGUGAAUGGGGCGGCGGGGCAUGCUGCGAAGGGCUCGAGGUGGAGCGGGCUGUGGCAUUGAUUAGUUCCUCAGUCGCUCGUUGGUGUGUCUCGUUCCGCCGGAUGCGAAUAUGUCGCGGUACACGGCGUUGCGACACCAUCCCUUCUUCCAUCCAUUUAGUCUGCUCCCUUAUCUUUCCUUUCGGAGCCCCAUCCAUACCUCGCAUCGUGCAUCCGCAUACCACGCUAUCCCCCGUUUCACGGCACCUUUGCCAUCCCCGUACCCAUCUAUACAUCUCUCUCUUUUCUUCUCUUCUCUCCUGGAUCUUCCAUUCGUCUUUCAUUCCCCUUCACCUUCGACUCCGUCUUACCCUCUCCCACACGCCGUUCACGAUCCUUCCACGUAUCUGAUUUAUGGUAUCUGGGGGUUUAAUGUCCAUGUACCACCAUCAACACCCCAUUUUCUUUUAUGCAUCGCAUGCCCCAUGUUGCACCA